UCUUCACUCUCACAAUGAUGGGUUCUGUCUCUCUUCAUACAGUAGCAGUUCUCUGCCUUAUCUCCUCUGUAAAUGGAUUUUGGGUUUGGAACAGACCAACGGAGCGUCCUCCAAAUGAGAUACAAACACCAAUCAUAAUUGUGCCUGGAACCGGUGGAAGCCAACUUCAAGCCAAACUUAAUAAACCAAACACUCUUCAUUGGUACUGCUCCAAAACAACCGAUGACUACUUCACAUUGUGGCUAAAGAAGUCCUCGCUCUUACCCUUUGCUAUAGACUGUUGGGCGGAUAAUAUGAGACUUGUGUACGAUGAAAGCACUAUGACCAUGAAGAACGCACCGGGCGUGGAAACAAGAGUUCCCGGAUUUGGUGAGACCAGUACAAUCGAAUACUUGGACACGACCGGAUUGAUUAAGUAUUUUGCGCCAAUGGUAGAGACCUUGGUCUCUUGGGGAUACCAGCGUGGGGAGACUGUCAGAGCGGCUCCAUAUGACUUCCGCUAUGGGCCUGAAUCACAGUCAGAAUAUUUUUCAAAACUGAAGACAUUGAUCGAGGAUACAUAUUCCGCAAAUGGCAACAAGAAGAUAACUUUGAUGAGUCAUAGUUUAGGAUGUCCGUAUACUUUGGUUUUCCUGAACAAACAAACGCAAGACUGGAAGGAUAGAUAUAUUUUACAAUGGAUAACUCUUUCAGGAGUGUGGGGCGGGACUGCAGAGCAAAUUAGCUUGUUUUCUUCCGGAAACACGUUCGGGAUCCCGAAGAUCCUCGUGAAUCCGUUGAAAGUCAGAGGCGAACAGCGCACGGAUACAAGUAACGUUUAUCUGCUCCCAAGUCGAGAAUUAUGGUCUGCGGAUGAAGUCUUGGCGAUAACUCCAGAGCGUAACUACACUGUCAAAGACUACGACGGUUUCUUCCAAGAUAUUGACUUCCCACUCGGGAUAAAACUACGAAAAUUAGUCGAAAACAUCACAUAUCCGUUAACAGAGCAUUCUCCGAAAGUAAUUGUUCACUGUUUGUAUGGAACUGGGGUAAAAACAGGAGAGAGGUACCAGUUCAAAGAAGGAGAAUUUCCGGAUACUCAGCCAGAUGUUAUCUAUGGUGACGGGGAUGGAACAGUGAAUAGACGCAGUCUAGAGGCCUGCAAUAAGUGGAACCAGCGGCAGCCGAAUAAUGUCACCGUGAAAACAUAUCCAGGAGUGAAUCAUAAUGGAUUGUUGAGCGACGAAAACGUGCAGAAUUAUAUAAAGGCUCUCUUGUUUUAAUUGUAAACUGUGGCUUUCAAAGAUCCAAAUCACAACUUGAAAUUAAACAGUUUGGCUCUUUUUUUCCAUUUUGAUCUU